CAUUGCGGCAGCUCUGUAUCUAGGUGUCUAGCAACAGCUUUCAACCCAGACAGCUGGCGGCGGAAACUGAAGCGCAAUUCUUUUAACUAUUAUUCGCCACCCGUUGAUCAUAAUUAUUAGUCGCUGAGCUGAAAACAGAGGGGAGAAUAACUCUGACCUCUGCUCAGAGAUAUGAGCGGCAGCGGGCGGCCCAGGACCAGCUCGUUUGCUGAGCCGCCAGGUGUUCCAGGAGCCCUCGCAGCCUCCGCCGGAUCAGCCGCUGCCGUGGGGAGCAGCACAGGAAAGUCCGGGGUCCCGCAGGCCUCCGGCAGCAGCUCGUCGGGAUGCUCGAAUCUUAAGCUUUCCAGAGACAUUGGGAAGGUGACGACAGUCGUGGCCACACCGGGUCAGGGUCCAGACCGCCCACAGGAAGUCUCCUACACCGACAUCAAGGUUAUUGGGAAUGGAUCAUUCGGAGUCGUGUACCAGGCUCGGCUCAUCGACAGCCAGGAGAUGGUCGCCAUUAAGAAAGUUCUGCAGGAUAAGAGGUUUAAGAACCGAGAACUACAGAUCAUGAGAAAGCUGGACCACUGCAACAUUGUCCGCCUGCGGUACUUCUUCUACUCGAGCGGCGAGAAGAAAGACGAGGUCUACCUCAACCUGGUGAUGGAUUUCGUCCCUGACAUGGUCUACAGGGUUGCCAGACAUUUCAACAAAGCCAAGAGCAUCAUUCCGAUCAUUUACGUGAAGGUGUACAUGUACCAGUUGUUCCGCGGCCUGGCUUACAUCCAUUCCCAGGGGGUUUGCCAUAGAGACAUCAAGCCCCAAAACCUGCUUGUUGAUCCAGAAACUGCCGUCCUGAAGCUGUGCGACUUCGGCAGUGCCAAGCAGCUGGUUCGCGGAGAACCCAACGUGUCGUAUAUCUGCUCUCGGUAUUACCGCGCCCCGGAGCUCAUCUUUGGUGCCACAGACUACACAGCAAACAUUGACAUCUGGUCGGCCGGCUGCGUGCUGGCAGAGCUCCUCCUCGGGCAGCCGAUAUUCCCUGGAGACAGCGGCGUCGACCAGCUGGUGGAGAUCAUCAAGGUGUUGGGAACGCCAACGAGGGAACAGAUACGAGAGAUGAAUCCAAACUACACUGAGUUUAAGUUCCCACAGAUCAAAGCUCAUCCAUGGACCAAGGUGUUUAAACCGCGCACCUCCCCGGAGGCCAUCGCUCUCUGCUCCCGGCUGCUGGAGUACACGCCUGCGUCACGCCUCUCCCCGUUAGAGGCCUGCUCUCACGCCUUCUUCGACGAGCUCCGCCAGCCGAACACGCGGCUGCCCAGCGGACGAGAGCUACCAAUGCUGUUCAACUUCAGCACCACAGAGCUCUCCAUCCAGCCUCAGCUGAAUUCGAUCCUCAUCCCUCCUCACGCUCGUUCUCAUACAGCUGCUUCCGUCCACGAUGGUCCCGGUUCAGAUUCAUCUCACCACAGCUCGGUACCAGGAUCCCUCAACAGCAUCUGAAGCAGCGUGUCGCCGUCCACCUGCAGGCCUCUUUCUCUCGCACACACACACUGCUGCUGCUGCUGCUUUCUGUCCUCUAAAUAAUCUGUACAGUAAAUCUGUUAAAUGACUGUUAGCUCUGUAGCUGCUGGCGUGGAAACGGCAGGAGGUUUGAUAGUGGGGGCUGGUCCUCUGAAAUAGAACGUCUUCUUUUUUAAUUAGCCUUCUGUGUUAAUUUAUUUGACUUUCUGUAUGAUGUGGCAACAUAAUAUUAUGAUUUUUAUUCCUCUGUGAUUUUAAAUCCCAGUUUUAAAGCUAUGGACUGAAUUCUGUCCGAGUGACACCAGAGUCGGGUCUGCAGGUGAUCCGGCCUCUCGGCUUUGGUGCAAAUAGAAGCACUAGCACCAGCUACGCUUAGAGAUGCAUUCCUGAAGCUGUUGUUGCCAGGCAACCGGCUGAUUAUAUUAGCUAACUAGCUUCGUAGCUCAAAGAUGUGAUUCCUGAACGGCUUAUUUUAAGACGUUAGACGGAUUGAAGCUCAGAUGGUUUGACUUCAGACAGUGGAAGUUUUUUUUCAGUAGCAGAGGCGUCUGAAAAUAGAUUAAAACGUAGAAAUAUAAACUAGAACCAAUCUGGUUAUUAGAACAAGUGAUUUCCAGCUUUUAAUGCAAAAUCCUGCUGAGUAUAACUCGCUUCGCUUGGUUUGCGAGAGCCAACCUGACCGCAGGUUGAUCAGCGACUGAAUAUAAAUCACUCAGUCGGUCUUUAUUAGCCGCCUCAAAAUAAGCAUCUGUUGGUGAGCGCCCUCCUCUGGAUGAGGGAGGGAAUUUUUUCAGGUUGGAGAAGCGACGGCUCAGUCCAAACCCUCUCCAUCCUCCAAUGAAAGGAAAGGAGAAGCCUUCAUCUUUCAGCAAAGCUUUGAUCACAAAUAUCUGUUUGAUGAAAGAUUACGAUUGUGGUUCUUAUUAAUGAGCAAUAAAGAAAAGUUUAAUCAGUCGACGCUCUAAAGAAAUCUGAAACGAGUCGUUUCUGUGAAAACUUCUCAUGUUUUUGCUCCUUAUUUUAAAGGUUUUCUAUAUUUGAACAUUAUCAAAACACUUCUUUUUAUUAUCUGUGAGUAUUACCAUGUUUUCGGGGAGGAAUUAAGCCAAAUUAUUUUU